AUGAAAUAUUUUAUAGUUUUUAAUAUUUUCCUAUAUUUUUAUAAAAUAAACAAAUAUAAUAUUGAGGAUAAUCUGUUUUCCCAUGUAUUAUACCAAAAAGAAAAACAUUUUCUUAAAUUAAACUUAAAACAUUUAUUAAAUGAAAUCGAAAUAAUAAAUCGAGGAAAAAGAAUAUUAUAUGAUCUGUCAAGAAAAAGACGACGAAAUAGAAGGCGCGGAAAGAAACGUAAGGGAUUUGGGAAAUUAUGGAAAAAUAAAAAUAAAAGAAGAAAUAAAAGAAGAAAUCGAAAAGAUGCUCGUAGAAGAAAAAGAAAACUCAAACGAGCUGAACGAAAAAGAAAAAAAAAGCAAAAAAAACAAAUGAAAAAAGAAAGAAAAAAAAAACAAAAAGAAGAAAGAAAAAAAAAACAAAAAGAAGAAAGAAAAAAUAACAAAUUUGAAGGACAAUCUAAUGAAUUAAUUAAUCAAGAAAAUGAAUUAAAAAACAAUGAAACCAUAUUAGAUAAUAAAAAUGGAAAUAAAACUUUAAAUAAUAACUAUCCUGAUUCAAAAUUAACAAAUAAUGAAGUGGUAGAAAAUGAAGAAGAGGAAGAUGAUGGAAAUAAAUAUAAUGAUGAUAUUAAAGGAUAUGGAGAAAAUCAAAAGUAUAAUUAUGCUGCUCAAAAUACUGAACAAACAAAUAUUCCUAAAUCUAUAAAUAGUCCAUAUUAUAAAGAAAUAGAUAGUAAUAUUAAAAUAGUAAAUGUUGCAAAAUUAGAACAUGAAUCUAAACAUGAAAUCAUCGAUAAAAUUAAAAAGGCCUUAGAAGUGCUUCAAUAA